AUGACCAGCAAGAGGACGAAUAAUUCUGCCUCAGUCAACGCGGAGCAGAAGCGAAGAGACAUCGAGAAAUACCAUGAACAGAUUUUCUACUCGGCCCGGUAUUCCGACGAUUUUUGGGAGUAUAGACACGUGAUUUUGCCCAAACAGCUGGUCAAGUACCUACCGACCGAUCGCUUGGCUCUCGAAGAAGAAUGGCGAGGAUUAGGUAUCCGCCAAAGUCCGGGAUGGGAGCAUUACAUGCGUCACGCACCUGAACCUCACGUAUUGUUAUUUAAGAGAGAAAAAGAUUAUCAGACAAAAUACCCAUCUUAG